AUGGCGAAUGGUUGGAGCUUGAUCAUUGGCCUGAUCAUCAUUGUGGCCCUUUCCACUGCAGCAUGGUUCUUGAGCCCUAAGGGUGAUAACCAAACACUCUUCCGCAGUACACUCAUUCUCGCUUUCGUGUCUUGCUACUUGAUGUGGGGUAUGUAUUAUCUUUCAUUUGUUCAUGCCUCUAUUAUAUCUCCAAAAGAAAUCGCUAACAACUUUACCUCAUAUAGCCAUCGUCUUCCUCUCACAGUUACACCCCCUUAUUGCACCAAAGCGCUCAGACAUCCGACCCGAUCGUGUACCGCAAUAGAGGCAUGCUCUUGUUGUGAUUUCUCGUCUUUUCUCCAUUUUUGUCAUUGGACUUUUUAG